AAAAAAAAAAAAAAAUGUUAUCUUUACGACACGAACCAAUGGACGACUUCUUUCAAGUCCACAAUGCAACAGACUAUGCUUCUACGGAAUCUCAAAGUUUUAUAAGCUUACCUCAUUUAAGAAACUAUACGGGCGAAGCAAAACCCACUAGGACGGACGGUAUGAUUACGGAAGAAAUGUGUAUAAGGGGUAUCGAUAUGCAAGGGAUUGAUUGGUUUAAGGAGACGAGUACCCGAGAUCAAUACAGAAGCCAAAGAAAUAGAGAAUACGAUACGUACCUUAGCUGUAAAAGUGGAGAUGAUGAUUUCACCAUUGAAAACAAGAUCAAAGCACAGGAGACAAAACAAGUAACACCGAAUGAAGAAUACUACACUUUCAAAUCCUCUAAACUCAAUGAACCUUGUAGCAUCGGUCACUUCCAAUUACGAAAUCUAUUAUGGGCCGCCAAUAAAAACAACAUUUAUUAUGUUUGGGGAGAUACCGUACGUCAAUGGUCUCCACAACGUCGGCAAAGUUCACAAGUCAUUGAUUUGGCCACAGCCAAUCGACCAGGCAGUGUCUCUUUAAAAAUCACAAGUAUGGCCUGUGCACAUGGAGUCUUAUUCGCGGGCGGAUUUAAAGGUGAAUGUGUAUGGAAAGUCGUACAGGACCAUUGUACUAUUAAUACCACCAAUGAAUCUCGAAGUAUGGGUAUCACGAAUUAUACAGAUAUCGUCAAAGAUAGGAAGGGCGCUACUCUGGGUAUCGUGUCAAAUAAUGAUGCAAGUAUCAAGUGUAUUAAUCUCGAAACUGCUCAGAUUGAGCAGAAACUCACCCUCCCCUUUGCUGCCAAUUGCUCUUCGUUGUCACCUGAUGGUAGGAUGCUGUGUUUGGUUGGGGAUUCGACAGAAACUCUGGUAGUGGAUGCCGAUAGUGGCCAAUCAAUCCUUUCGAUCAAUGAACACCACGAUUACUCAUUUGCAUGUUGUUGGCAUCCGGACGGAAGGACCUUUGCGACAGGUAACCAAGAUAAAACUACACGUAUCUACGAUAUACGCAAUACGUCGAAAUCUGUGCAUGUUCUGGGAUCCAAUAUAGGAGCUAUUCGAUCUUUACAUUACUCGCAUGACGGCCACUAUUUAGCCGCUGCAGAACCUAUCGAUUUUGUGCAUAUCUAUGAAACGGAGCAUUAUGAAUCGAGUCAAGUGAUUGAUAUGUUUGGGGACAUCGCGGGUGUUUCUUUUACACCAGAAGAUCAGUCGCUGUAUAUCGCCAAUGCCAAUGAGCAACUAGGUGGUAUCUUUGAAUUCCAGAAAAUCGAACAAGAUCCAAUUUUUUAUUUUUAAUUGAAUAAAAAUA